AUGCCCCAGGCCUCGUCCAUCGCUCCAGCCGCCAUGGUGGCCUCUACGGCACACACCGCCGGCGCAUCCUCGUCGUCGUCGUCGCGCCCAAGCCUUGCCCGCCCGGUUCGGCUGACUUCUGCCGGCUCAUUCCACGCCGGCGCCCCCAUGCCCUCCUUCCCUGGCCCCUACGACGCCGCUCGCGAUGGCAAGCCCCUCGGACGCAGACGAACCUUCCUCGGCCACCUCAGCCAGAUGCGACGCCAAUCCACCUACAAGUACCACACUUUCCCCACGCAGCCGCCCAAGACCCCCAGCGAUGCCCCCGACUCGAGCACCGCCAACUCGCCCUCCGAGGAGGAAGCGGCCCGUAGGAGAAGAGGCCACAGGCACACCAACAGCCGCGACAGCAACGGGGACGUCACACCUCUGCCCGUCAGGCAGCUCCUCCUCCUGGCCCUGCUGAGCCUGGCCGAGCAGACCGCCCUCAACUCCAUCGGUCCAUACCUGCCCACCAUGGUCGCAGCCUUCCCCGAAAUACCACAGGGCCAAGCCGGCUUGUAUGUUGGCCUGCUUGCCUCGUCCUUCGCACUGGCACAGCUCAUGACAAACUUCCUGUGGGGCUACUUCUCCGACCGCGUCGGGAGGAAACCGAUAAUGCUCAUCGGCACCGCCCUGCUGUGCCUCUGCUUCGCCUUCUUCGGCUUCUGUGAGAGCUAUUGGCACGUUCUGGUCGUCCACAUUGCCAUGGGGCUCCUCAACGGGAAUGCCGCCGUCGUGCCGACCGUCCUAGGCGAGGUCACCGACCGGAGCAACCAGAGCAGGGCUUUUACGUGGUUGCCAGUCAUGUACUCUAUUGGAGGCAUCACCGGUCCGGCCCUGGGAGGUCUGCUUGUCGGGGAGCCGGGGUCUGUGAGGUGGCCCUUUCUGGGGCCCAACCUGAUGUCCGCCGCUUUACUGCUGACCGCCGUGGUGGUUUUGGCGAUAUGGUUCGAGGAGACCUUGGACGAAGCUGACAGGAGACACGAGAUAAAAGCCCUCGCCUGGCUCGAGAACCUCUGUUUCUGCUCUUGCCUCAAUGCGAGAAAAGGACGGGAAAGGUUCCGGAGCUCCAGCUGGUCAGCUUCCCCGCCCGACGUCGUGCUCCGGGAGGAGAAUGAGGGCGCCUACGACGAACAAGGUGGCACAGGCGAGGAAGACGCCCUCCUCCACUCGGCCCCCGACCUCGAAUCGCAAGGACGACCCCAGGACAACAAAGACAGUCCCCCCUCCAGUCGAUCAGCCUUGCGCAAGUUGCUCAACUGGACCACCGUGAGCAUUUUGCUCACCUACCUCGUCUUCCAGGUGGUAAACAUCUCCUUCAACAGCCUCUAUCCCAUCUUUGCCUCCGCACCACCGCCCACCGGUCGCGAACUUGGCCCCGGCGUCAUCGGUGUUAGUAUGAGCCUGGCGGGACUGGUCACCAUCCUGUUCCAGGUUUCCUUGUUUGAGCCUCUCAAGGCGCGGCUGGGCAAUCUGGGCACCUUCAGACUGAGCCUACUGGGCUUGGCUCUCACCAUGGUCUUUAUGCCGUUUGUGGGAUACCAAGAUGGAACUGCUCCGUUUGGCUGGGGCUCGGGCAGGUCGUGGCUGCUGGUCGAGCUGGGUGUGAUACUCGUGCUCAAGAAUUUGAGCGCCGUUGGUGGACUGAGCUGUGUUCUACUACUCAUAACAAACUCUGCUCCCACUCAUGAAACCCUUGGUUCACUCAACGGCAUCGCCCAGACACUCUCCGCAGCCGGCCGGUCCUUUGGGCCCUUUGCAUCUGGCGGUCUGUUCACAUUGUCGAUGCGCUUGCAGCACAAGGGCGAGUUGCUUGCCUGGGGUGUGUUCGGCGGCAUCGCCCUCGUCGGAUGGGGCUGGACACUGUUCAUUAGGGGCGGAAAGCUGGAGAGCGAUGACUUCCUGGGUGACGACGGUCACGAGGAUAGUGACGGCGAACAGCACGACGAGCACGACGAGGGGGAAGCAGGAUAUGCCAGCGUCGACACGCGACAAAUCCGGGAGGAAGAUCUAAACACGACGAGAAGGGAUCUAGAGCGGGAGUGGUAA